AUGAAAGGCGGCAGCGAGAGGGGGCCGGGCAGUUCUUCCUCGCCUUUAAAUUUUGUUUGUGCGUCGCUGACAGCCGCUGGCGCGCUUCAGCGAGGGAGAGGCGUGGGUGACGCUGCCGUGGCACCUCACGCGGGGCUGAAGGCAGGCGCUGUUAUAUCCUGCAUGGCUGGGCGUGGGGGCUCCCCGUCGAUGCGGUUUGUGUGCCGUUUUCCUAGUGGGCCGUCGCUGCGCUGUUACUCGCGUCGUCCUUCGCCGUUGUUGCCGCCGGUUGCCGCCGAAGUGACAGAGUGGCGAAAAUGCGGGAGUGCCGUCGCCGCGUGCCGCUGCUGCAACAGCAACGAGAACAAAGGCAUCUUCGGGGGCUGUGAUGCCCAAUGA